AUGGGCCAACGUGCGUCAUCACAUGUCACAGAGACAACAACCAGCAGAUGGACAUUCACUGAUCGCGAUGCGUUAAUUGCCUUCUUUAAUGCUCGAGCACUGCGCCAAUUAAGUGCGGUAGAACAAUGGGCGUUUCACCAGAACAUUGGCAAGAACAUCGAACCGACCGAGGAGCUCGACCUGCAAGCGCUAGCCACCCUAUAUGGGGUCCCCGCUGAUGUACCAUGGUUCACGGAGGUAUUUUAUACUUUUGUAUGCCGACUCACAUCGUUUCCACUUAUGAACGACUGCAGUCCACCCACCUACAUGGGACUGCUCAAAGUAUGUCUGCUUUUUAACAAGAAAAGAGCAGCUAGAUACACUGCGCGGAAAUCGUACGACGUCGCGAGCCUAGUGCUGGCACUGCUAGCCCCACCGAGAGAUGCUUGCGAUGAAAAUGUGGACCAGUUUGACGGAGACAAAUUGAUCGACACUCUAGACGGCACAUUUAUCGCUGAGCUCGAGGUGCCUGCCAUUAAGGUCCUGCGUUUAUUCACCUUCCUAUUGCAGAUCCUGCAGUGUUGUGAUGGUAGUAAUACGACCCUCAGCCCGUCGAUGUUUGCAGACUGGGAGCAGUAUGAGCAAAUUUCACUUUGCCUUUUGCGGAGUCUGGACAGUACCAUUGUCUCGCGAUCCGAUGCGCGCUCCCGCAGUAUCACUUAUCAGCAGUUCGCAGGCGGACUAAGGAGUGUCUUUCCGAAUGUUUUUGAUGCUCUGGGGCUCUUUCUGGAGCGCCUGUUCUAUGUCAAGCGCGACACGACCAAUAAACUUCUAUAUACUCCGACUAAAGAAACAUCCACCAUUGUCACGAAUCUGCUACUCACACAGUUAUCAACAUUAUAUCCUCGCAUCAAUCUUUUUACUAGCAUGCAGCGCCUGUUUGUCGCGGGCGAUGCCGGCUUUUCGAUGUCAGUAUUCCAGGCAAAGGUGUUUAAGUGGAUGGCACCAACCAUCCUCUUUGUGAGCGGAACAAGAAUUCAAGAUGAUGAGAUCGUUUGUACCAAAAACAAAAGAUACAAAGCAUUCCUUCAAGACUACCCAGCGCUGAAAGAUGCCGAACAGCAGCUGGCCCUCUGCGAUCGCAAAAAACGCAACCUCAUAUAUGCAAUCUUCGUCAGAGACCCAUGGAAAAUCACAAAUAAGGAUCUCUUCGGCGAUAUGGACACCACAAUUAUCCAAUUGGCUCCGCGGCAGAAAAUAUUCAAGGCUCAAGAAGCCCCAAACAUCUAUUUUAAUGCGGUUGGUGGCGGGAUCGGGUUCGGAAGCUCGCAGCCUAGCGUCAAGCCCGCGGGGAAGAGGUACUUUCCUGGCAAUGUAUCAUUUACCGUAGACCCCUCUAUGGAGUUCGCUGUCUUCAGAAACGUCGGAGACGGAGGGAUGUUUUCACAUGGGUCGGCUGUGCCGGCGCCUGCAGAGCAGCCACUGAGCUACGAGCACCGGCUCAUGAUCAAGGACCUCGAGGUAUGGGGCUACGGAGGAGAGGAAGAGUUACAAAAGCAAAUACAGCGCUGGCAGUGGGAGGAAGCGGAGGCUACCAAAAGAAAGUAUAUAAAAACAAACGGCGGAAAUGAAGACCGCGCCCUUUUGGAAAUGGCAGGGAUUGUUGGACACUAUCAGAGUGGUGGCUCGGUUUAG